AGAAAUACAUAAGGAAAGCUGUAUCCAGAUUCAGAACAUGGAACCAAGAUAGAGGUGGCUCAGAUAAGGCCACUAGACUGGACAUGAAGCACUGAACAGAAAUGAUGCAUCAGAGCUUUGCUGUGAACUGCAUUUUUUUCAAAUGUAAAUUUGAUAAGCUAUGCAAGUUCCGUUUUAUGAGGUUUUUUGCUAGACUGGAUAUUGCUAGGAGAUACUGUAAACUUUGCAUAUUAACAUUCUGAGCAAAAUUCUACUAAUAAAAUGAAUGGCCCAAGAGAUACUUAAAAACAGGCUAAAGAAAAAUACUGGUGAAAUUCCUCCAUCUAGUGGCUGUUAGCACACUCACAGCAGCAGUGACAGCCCAUCACAGCUAUUCACUAUUUCAUAAUCCUAGGACAAGUGCAAAAUGGGUGAAGAACAACUGUGCAGCUGCCAGCUGUUUAUCCAAAUGGCACUGCCUGAAGAAAUCAGUGAGAUGCAACUCACGUUGCUCCAUCUCUACAGCUCCAGCCUGACCUUCCGGAUGGAGCGAAUAUGAGUUACAUCGACAGAAGACAUUCAGAUCAUGGCAUUAGAGAUUCCUCUAAUGACUGCAUUUCCAGCAAUAACCAGGAUGGAAGAUUAAGAAGAAAUACCGCAGAUGGAGUAGCAACAGUAAAGCUGAGCGGUUCAUUACACCUAUCUGAAAAUGCACCCACUAAGCUUCAAAGCACAGACAGAAGGCAAAGCAGCAUAAUGUUUGUGAUGAAAGAACAUCAACAGAAAGGUGAGGAAAUUAAUUCUAUGAGGCUCCAUAAACGGAGGAGGAGAUUUGUAAUUAAAAAGAGCCCUAUUCUGAUUUCAGUGAACAGCUCUACGCACAGCCUGCCCACACUUAAAUCUGAAGACAGAAAUAAUAAGUGGAAAAGUCUCCAUCAAAUCCAAACAGAAAGAAAGAGGAUAAUGAGGGAAACUUGUUCUAAAUACAAGAGUAAUAAUAGGAGAAUAAUCACUCCUUAUCAUGUUUCUAGAAUAUUUGUAGAAGACAAAUACAGAGUUUUAUACUGUGAAGUACCAAAAGCUGGAUGUUCUAACUGGAAACGGGUACUCAUGGUUCUUAAUGGCCUGGCUUCUUCCACAAAAGAUAUCCAGCACAACACAGUGCACUACGGAAACUAUUUAAAAAGGUUGGAUGGGUUUGACCGCAAAGGAAUUUAUCACAGGCUCAACACUUACACAAAGAUGCUUUUUAUUCGUGAACCUUUUGAAAAGUUGGUAUCUGCAUUUCGGGACAAGUUUGAACAUCCAAACAAUUACUAUCAUCCAGUUUUUGGAAAAGCCAUCAUUUCCCGAUAUCGUGUCAAUGCCACCAAAGAAGCAUUAAGGACAGGCUCUGGAGUCAAAUUUAAAGAGUUCAUUCAAUAUCUCCUUGAUGUACACAGGCCAGUGGGUAUGGACAUCCACUGGGAUCAUGUCAACAGGCUUUGCAGCCCAUGUUUGAUAGACUACGACUUUGUGGGGAAAUUUGAAAGCAUGGAAGAUGAUGCAAACUUUUUCUUGCACCUAAUUGGUGCUCCGCAGAAUUUGACUUUCCCUAAGUUUAAAGACAGGCAUUCCAAUGAAGAAAGAACUACCACUAAAAUUACACAACACUAUUUUGCACAGCUUUCUCCUUCUCAAAGACAGCGCAGUUAUGAUUUUUACUAUAUGGAUUAUCUGAUGUUUAACUAUUCAAAGCCUUUCGAAGAUUUAUACUGAUUUGAGAACAGAGACACUUCUACAGUCGUAACAGCUGAAUUGCAUAACAAACCCAGGUAGCUUCUGUUAUAGAUAUACUCGUCUGUUUAGUAAACAAUUGGUUGAAGAGCAACAGAAAACAUAGAAACACAGAACAUAAAUGGCUAGUGAUGUUUACAUCUUCACCUUAAUUGCCUCCUUUUUCAAAUCAUAUUUUUUCUAUAAUUUCUCUGUAUGAAAUGUAUGUACAUAUAUGUAUAAUCUUACAUGUCAGGGCGCACAA